UCUCUCUCUCUCUCUCCCCCCCGACCAUCUCAAAACAUCAAUAUUCAGCCAUUGAUGGCUAGGCACCUUCCAAGUAGCAGUAUUAGGUUGUUCUCUUUGGUUAUUUUGGUGAUGGUGGUACUGGAAGCUGGAGAAGUUUGGUGCCUAGACGUGAACUUAUCAUCACCGUCAGCCGGUGGCGGUGGCGGUGGCGGUGGGAGGAGAUUGUUGUCAGAAACGGUGCCUGCCAUGUUUAUAUUUGGAGACUCUCUAAUUGACAAUGGGAAUAACAACGACCUUCCGUCAUUUGCCAAGGCUAACUAUUUCCCUUAUGGCAUUGAUUUCAAUGGCGGUCCUACUGGCCGUUUUUCUAAUGGUUACACCAUGGUUGAUGAAAUAGCUGAACUGCUAGGACUUCCCUUGAUUCCUGCUCACUCUGAAGCUUCUGGUGAUCAAAUGCGCCAUGGAGUCAAUUAUGCAUCUGCAGCUGCUGGAAUCCUUGAUGACACUGGCGGAAACUUUGUGGGAAGAAUACCUUUUAGUGAACAAAUAAGGAACUUUCAGAAUACACUUGAUCAGAUAACAGACAAUCUUGGUGCUGAUGAUGCUGCUCGAUCGAUUGCCAAGUGCAUCUACUUCGUUGGAAUGGGCAGCAAUGACUACCUAAACAAUUACCUUAUGCCCAACUAUCAAACUAGGAAUCAGUACAAUGCCCAACAAUAUGCUGAUCUCUUGGCUCAAGAAUAUACACAGCAGCUCACUAGACUUUACAAUCUUGGUGCCCGAAAAUUUGUCAUUGCUGGAUUAGGGAGAAUGGGUUGCAUUCCAAGUAUUUUGGCCCAAAAUCCAAGUGGAACCUGCUCGGAUGAAGUGAAUCGCCUUGUUCUACCUUUUAAUACAAAUGUGAAGACAAUGAUCAACAAUCUUAAUACCAACUUACCAGGCUCAAAGUUCAUUUACGUAGACAUUGCUCGUAUGUUCGAAGACAUGCUCCUCAAUUCUAGAUCCUAUGGAUUCAGCAUUGCAAAUCGUGGAUGCUGCGGUAUUGGGCGUAACAGAGGCCAAGUUACAUGUCUUCCUUUCCAAACACCAUGCCCAAAUCGAGACCAAUAUAUCUUCUGGGAUGCAUUCCACCCGACAUCAGCGGUGAACAUCAUAAUUGGGAGGAAAGCUUUCAGCGGGGACCGUACCGAGGUUUAUCCCAUGAACAUACAGCAGCUUGCCACUCUUGACAUUGAAAGCAACCAGUAGAAAGUGCGGUGGUUCAAAUUUACCAUUUGGUUUUAUCUUUCUAUUUUGUUUCUACUAAUUUGUUCGAGUGCUGCAGAGAAAUGUUACAAAUCUCGGACUUGUACUUUAUUGGUUUUGAACUUUAGAUUGUUGUUUGGAAUUGGCUAGUAUUAGUAGCAGUAGAUUAUCCUUUUCUUC